AUGGUUUGCAAAUAUAAAAAGAAAACAUCGAGGGGAGAGUGGUCCAAAGAAAGUAUGAAACAGGCAGUUGAAAAAGUCUUAAACAAAGAAAUGGGUUACCGCAAAGCGGCAUUGCAAUAUUCAGUGCCACAAACAACGUUGGAAAGACACGUCAAUGCGAUUAAAACCAAAGGUGAAAUGAACUUAGAUUUGCCGUUAGGGCCAAUUGCAACAGUUUUUAGUAAAAAAGAAGAAAAUGAAUUAGUCGAAUAUUUGAAAGAAAUGGAAGCAAGGUUAUUCGGACUUAGUACGCUGGAGCUGAGAAGUUUGGCCUAUCAAUUGGCCGUCAAAAAUGGUAAAAAACACAGAUUUAAUACAACAGCCAAACUCGCUGGUGUCGAUUGGGUCCAAGGGUUUUUAAAACGUCAUUGUGACUUAUCAAUAAAACCCGAAGCAACCUCAGCUGCCAGAGCUAUGGGAUUCAAUAAGAUCUCCGUUGCAAAAUUUUAUGAACUUUUGGGUGCUGUAUUAGAUAAAUAUAAGUUAGGGCCUGAUAGGAUUUACAACUGUGGUGAAACAGCCAUCUCAUCGGUUUCUAAAACAAAAUUCAAGAUAAUUUCACGCAGGGGUAGAAAGCAAGUGGGAUCAUUGUCGUCAGCUGAACGAGGACAAACAGUUACCGUCAAAAUUUGUGUUAGCGCUGCAGGAAGCUAUAUGCCGCCAAUGCUAAUCUUCCCUCGCAAGCGCAUGAAAGCUGAAUUAUUAAACAACUCGGCACCAGGAACAACUUCCCAUUGCAAUGCCAGCGGAUGGAUGACUACAGACGUAUUUGUCUCUUGGUUCAAAAGUUUCAUUCAAUUCAGUAGAGCAAGCAAAGACAACCCUGUGCUGCUUUUACUCGACGGUCACGCUACCCACACCAAGAACAUCGAGCUUAUAGACAAGAAGCCCAGUCUAUAUGGGGAUUAA